AUGGCAACCCGAUCUGCGGACUUUGGUCUUUGGGUCACGGCGCCGUUAUCUGGCGUCGUGGGGGAGAACAGGUCCAUCAGCGCUAUCGUGCCUCUCUGGCCUUCCGUGCCGCCAACCGGCUGGUCGGGCUGCCUGGGCUUGGACCUUCCUGGCGGCUUCCGUAUCUCUGGCAAAGUCACCUGCUCUCCAACGUGCCGCUCAGGGAGCCGAGGCGAGCUGCACUCCACGACAAUCGUCCCGCGGAACCGUUCCUCCGUCGGCACUGGGCAUGUCGCUCUCUUGCUCUAUUGGCCCAAUGGUGCCUCUCGGUAG